CGCCUGUGACGCACGCUCCAAAACCCUUUAAGUCACCGAACGCUUACCAAACGCAACAUCCAUCACCCACCACACGGUUACACAAAGUAACUCGACCACAAAACCACCCAACCUCAGCUAGUGAAAACCAUAGCAUUCGUGCUUGAACUCCCGAACUAUUUACAAAGGAUUCGUACUAACCCCAAGUACCCCUGACAACGAGUAACACAUUCUAUACGACCACAGCUUGAUGUCAACCGGCAUCAUCUCUGGAAAAAAACCCGGGACGCACGAAGAGGAAUGGUGGGCCGUACAGGAUAAUCGGGAUCGAUUUAGAUCUUUAACAUAUCACAAUUAUGGGAAACUCCCCAAAGUCACACUCUCCGCCCUCACUGAGACUGGCAAAGCAGAAUCAACCAUUCCAGUGCCGCAGCAAAGGUCUUACACUCGUAAAAAUCCUGUCAUACGAUCCGCUCUCGCUGACACUCCCUGCGCCGACCUCGGUAUGAAUGGGGUCUUGAAGGAGCUCAAUGCGACACUCGGAACGUCAUAUACUCUCAACAACCCCGUCUUGUCCUCCAUUCUUGAAUCCUUCAUCAGACAGGAUUACGACUUUGGCACUCUCUAUGGUAAUUUGCGUCCGUAUUGGUAUGGCUUGUACGUUGCCGAACACAUAAGCCAAGAAUACAAUCGGGAUCGGGAAGGGCGACAAAAUAUGGUCAAAAAUAACAGGAUCUCCGAUGGGAAUGUUCAACCCCGGCGCGUUUGGGACCUGUAUGCUAAUCGAGUGGUGCCAUACUGGGUCGCCAGGGAUUCUGCAUGGGCGAUAUCGCAUGCAUGGGUGUCUAGUGAGGAUCGCAUAGAUCUAUGGACACCCAUCAAUGGCUAUGAAUGGCCCGUGCCAAUACCGAAAGAUGCGGACCUCAAUCUCAUUCGGAUCGAGUUGUUGAACCUCAGAGCAGAAUAUGUUUGGUUAGAUGUUUUGUGUUUGAGGCAAGAGGGUGGCUGCAGGGAGAAUCUGCGCAGAGAAGAGUGGAAGGUCGACGUGCCCACCAUCGGAGCUAUCUAUCGCAAAGCAGUGGUAGUGUAUUACCUCAGCGGGCUGGGUCGACCAUUUUGUUUGAAGCCGGGGGACUUGGAAAGCGAUCGGUGUUGGUUUCGGCGUGCAUGGACGCUACAGGAGGUCAGCAAUAAAUAUAUCAUCGGUGGAGAGACCGAUGAUCACUCGAUGGACAGAGACAUGCGACAAACAGUCGAACAACGCCUACAUUCACUGAACUUGGUAAAUCCUGGUAGUGUGUUCGACAUCCUGAGGGAGAUGCAAAAUCGGGUAUCGACAAAGCCUCUGGAUAAAGUAGCAGGUCUGGCAUAUAUUCUCUUCCGAGAGUCUAUCCCGAUAUACGAUGAAACACAGUCUGAAGAGGAUGCCUGGGGAUCACUUGUGGAUGUCAUGUCUGUGGGGUAUCGCACAGAUUUACUCUUCCUAUACCCUGAGCCCGGGAAUGGAUGCAAACGUUGGCGACCAUCAUGGAACCAGAUAAAGGCGAUGCCACCUCGACCAUGGAAUCACUUUGUUGCAUUUUCGGCAGCCAUUAGGACUGAUGAGACAGGUGCUGACUGGUGUAAGUGCGCAUACAUCAAGUCAGGUACUGUGCAUGGAUUGGGUGAGGUAUCAAACAAGGGGAUGCCUCGACCGGGCGAGUUGGUGGUUAUAGGAAGUACUGGGGUGCCCUGUACAUUAAAGAUCCUCGCUGAUCAUGCAUACCCCAUACCCGAUGGCUCAUAUACCCUCAUUGACAGUUUCUCUACCCUUUCUGGCUAUCAACCGUCAUUACGUUGGGCAGUUGGGCGGCAACGGUGGGAUGGGAAGUUUGAAAAAGUGUCGGUGAUUCAACUGGCAGAUAUGGACGAACAUUGGAAGCUUUGGUCGGUCCCUCAGGUGCAUGUCAAUGGUAAAAUAUUUCUUUGCUGAAAACAGGACAAUGGCGUGCUUUGCGUCGGUCUAACGAUAGAGAGGCAUGAUGAUGAGUAGGACUAGGAUAUUGUUUCUGUUUCUAUCGACUUACUUUCUUAUGCUAUAUGUCCCUAAUCUCUACAUUGAAUGCGUGCUUCAGCCUCUACUGUACCUUUCGUUCAAUUUGAAUGUCACGCCUCACAGCGCAAAAAAUCUUGGACCGCGUUCAAA